GCGUCUUACAAGCCUCGUGGGAUUUGAACAGUCAGUAUUUUCGGGUCAGUGUAGAAGUCGGAGGAGAGACCGUGUCUUCUUAUUUAUUUUAUUUUCCGAGAUAAUUAGUUACAAUGGAAGAAGACACAGAAUACCUCAAGCUUCCCCUGGAGGACAGGUGUAUCCACAAGCUCUGGAAGGCACGAUUGAGUGGAUAUGAAGAAUGCACAAAGCACUUCCCAAAGAUUGUGGAUGAACGGUCCCCAGAAUUCAACAAAUUUGCUCCUCUUAUGAAAAAAUUUGUAACAGAUAGCAAUGCAGUUGCACAAGAGAAAGCAUUGGAAGCUGUACUGGCAUUUGUGGAAAAUGCACAUGUGGCUGGGAGGACGACAGCAGAUGUUACAAAUGGAAUUGUUCAGAAGUGUUUAGCGGCACCAAAACGUGGUACACAGGAAAAAGCAUUGGAGGUGAUUCUCAUGUACUGUGAAAUUGAGAAAUAUGAAGUGGUUCAAGAGGAACUGAUGAAAGGUUUUACACAGAAGAAUCCUAAAGUUGUUGCUGCAUCUGUACGAGCAAUAACAACAGCUUUGAGAGAAUUUGGCCCAAAGGUUAUGAAUCCUAAGCCACUAAUAAAGCAGAUGCAUACACUUCUGGAAGACAGGGACAAAAAUGUACGUGAGGAGAGCAAAAAGAUGGUCAUUGAGAUGUAUAGGUGGAUUCGACAGGCCCUCAAGCCACAGAUGUCUUCCUUGAAACCAGUGCAGAUCCAAGAACUGGAAGCAGAAUUUGACAAGCUUGGCAAUGAGAAGGUGGUCCAAACACGCUUCUUACGUUCACAGCAGGACCUAAAGGCUAAAAUGGAAGCUCAAGGAGAUGAAGAGGAAGAGGAAGAUGAAGAGGUAGAAGCAGAUGCCCCAGAACUGGAUCCAUAUGAGUUCCUAGAGCCAGUCGACAUCCUCUCAAAACUUCCUAAAGAUUUCUAUGAAAAGGCUGAAGCUACAAAAUGGAAGGAUCGCAAAGAAGCAGUAGACCUUCUCUUGCCACUGACCCAGAGUCCAAAAUUAGAGAGUGGAGAUUACCAUGAUCUUAUGAAGAUUCUUAAAAAGAUUAUUGGGAAGGACACCAAUGUAAUGAUUGUAGCAGUGGCUGCCCAGUGCUUGACAGGAUUGGCCAAGGGUUUGAAGAAGAAGUUUUCGCCUUUUGCCUUAUCCUUCACAGAAACCAUUUUAGAGAAAUUCAAGGAGAAAAAGGUCAACGUUGUCACAGCUCUGAGGGAUACUAUUGAUGCAGUUUUCCAGGCAACUAAUAUUGAAGCUAUCCAAGAGACUGUUAGUGGUGCUUUGGCAAAUAAGAAUCCUCAAGUGAAGGCAGAGACUGCAGCCUUCUUGUCUCGUGCAUUUUGUUACUGCACUCCAACAGUCUUUAAUAAGAAGCUGUUGAAAGUAUAUGUUGCAGAUCUUGUAAAAACACUCAAUGAAUCAGAUCCAACUGUCCGUGAUAAUUCAGCAAUGGCUCUUGGUGUAAUGUUGAAAGUUGUUGGUGAGAAGCAGUUGAUGGUAUUCAUCGGAGAAGUGGAUAACCUCAAGAUGCAGAAGAUUAAAGAAGCAGCUGAUAAGGCCGAGCUAAAGGUCAAAAUCUCGGCCCCCAAGGCAAAGAAACCAGCACCAAAGAAAGAGGCACCUCCACCGGCAGCUGAGCCUCCCCCUUCAACUACAGCUCCCCCGAGGAAAGUGGUGAAAGCUGGUGUCAAACCAGGAGCCUCAUCAGCAGGGCCGGCCAAAGGAAAAAAACUCAUAGAGGAAUGCACAGAAGCAGAGCUGUCAAUAGAAGAUGCUGUUGAAAAAGCAAGUGAAGUCUUGCCUGAGGAUGUUGUCAGUGGAGUUACAGAUGCCAAUUGGAAGACCAGAUUGGCUGCUGUUGAAUCCUUUGGCAAUACUAUCCAGACACUUGAUCGGAGUGAAAUCCCAUGCCAGGCAUUAGUAAGAGUUCUGGCACAAAAGCCAGGCUUCAAGGACAACAAUUUCCAGGUUCUCAAACUCAGACUAGAAGCUCUCAAAACCCUUGCUGAGAACUCAGACUUUACCCGACGCUCUGGAGAAGUGUGCAUCCAAGAUCUUGUGGAGAAACUAGGCGAUCCAAAGAAUGGUUCUUUGUGUGGAGAGGUUCUGAUGACCAUAGCAGAGGCUGCCAAGCUACAGUGGGUUGGUCCUGAGGUCAUGACCAGAGCCUUUGAACAGAAGAGUCCAAAGAUUCAGGAAAUGGCACUGAAAUGGUUAUCAGAUGCCAUCACAGACUUUGGAUUUGUACUACAACCAAAAGCUCUUAUUGGUGACAUUAAGAAGGCCUUAGCACAUACCAACCCUGGUGUGAGAACUGCAGGAAUCUCCCUGUGUGGUACUAUAUACCUUUACAUGGGAGCUACGCUUAGGGUCUUCUUUGAAGAUGAGAAGCCAGCACUAUUGCAGCAGAUUGAUUCAGAAUUUGAGAAGUUGAAUGGCACAAGUCCUCCAGCUCCUACGAGAGGCCUUAACCGGGGCAGCAGUACAGAAAUCAGGUCCAGCGGUCAUCAAUGUUCAAGAUCUUGUACCCCGAACUAAUAUCAGCGAUCAGCUAACAUCCUCCCUUUUUACAGAUUUAUCUGAUAAAAAUUGGAAGGUGAGAAAUGAAGCUCUACAGAAGGUUUCCAACAUUAUCUCAGAGGCCAAAUUCAUUAAGGGUGACAUUGGGGAACUACCUACUGCUCUCUGUGCUCGAAUGAUGGACACUAACAAAAAUUUGGCUCUGGAAGCACUGAGAUUAACUGCCUCUCUCUCUGCUGCCCUUGGACCAAAUUGCAAGCCGCAUACAAGGAACAUUGUGCCAGGAAUGUUAGCUGCUCUUGGAGACAGCAAGCAAAAUAUUCGUCAGCAGGCCUUGAGCACUCUUAACUCAUGGGUGGAGCAAACAGGCCUGAAAGAAACAGUUGAUGGUGAAAUAUUUUCUGAUGCCUUGAAGUCGGGCUCUCCCUUCCUCAAGUCUGAGUUGUUCUUGUGGUUGGCAGAGAAACUGAAAGAUGCACCCCCAAAAUCUGUCAACAAAGAAGAGUUACAUGCAUGCACACAGUACCUGUUCAUGGCCCUGGAAGAUCGUAAUGCUGAUGUCCGGAAAGGUGCUAAUGAGGCUGUUUUGCCGUUCAUGAUACAUUUGGGAUAUGAUGGAAUGGUGAAACAUACCAACAAAGUCAAGCCUUCAUCAAAGAACACUGUGAUGCAAGCUUUAGAGGCAGCUGCUGGUGGAGGAACUGGCCGAGGGGCUGCAGGAGCCGUUGCGGAAAGGCCUCAGGCAAGUGCCCCAGCUGCAGGCAGGGGAGCUGCUGCAGGAGUCAAAAAGGGCCUGAGGGCUCCAUCAGCAACACGCACUUAUGAGCGGUAUUGGGGUUCUGGAUCAAGCCGCAAAGACCAGGAAGAGGUCGACACAUCGCCACUCCUCCAGGUGAAUAACCUAAAGCAGCAACGUGCUUCAGAUGAGCAGAGGCUUAGGGUCCUGCGCUGGGACUUCACAACCCCUCGGCAGGAGUUCAUCACCCAGUUGAAGGAUCAGAUGACGGCAGCAGGACUUAACAGACAGCUGAUGUCAAACAUGUUUCAUCAGGAUUUCAAAUUCCAUAUCAAGGCUAUUGAUGCUUUGAAUGAGGACCUCAACUCAAACCUCCCAGCUUGCAUUGCCAAUCUGGAUUUGGUAUUGAAGUGGUUAACUAUCCGGUUCUUCGACACUAACCCAUCGGUGAUCAUGAAGGCGAUGGAUUACCUGCAGCAGGUGUUCCAGUGCGUGUCAGAAGAAGGCUAUCACCUCCUUGACCUUGAAGCUUAUUCCUUCUUGCCUUUCUUAGUUACCAAGUUUGGUGACCCUAAGGAUGCUAUUAGAGGUCCUGCAAGAAAUAUUGCAAAGUUGAUUUGCAAUAUAUACCCAGCAAGCAAAGUUUCUCCAUACAUGAUGGAUGGUCUUAAAGCAAAGAAUGCAAGGCAGAGAGCAGAAUGCUUGGAGGCCAUGGGCAACUUGAUAGAAGUGUAUGGAAUGUCAGUGUGUCAACCAUCUCCUGGUGUAGCACUGAAAGAAAUAGCCAAACAAAUUGCUGAUCGAGAUAACUCCGUCAGAAAUGCUGCUCUCAAUGCCCUGGUGCAGGUGUAUUUCCGUGAAGGUGAAAAGGUUUUCAAACUUGUAGGAAAUCUGUCGGACAAAGAUAUGAGCUUACUUGAAGAGCGUAUCAAACGUGCUGCCAAGAACAGACCAGUUAUUAAGAAGCCACCUGUUGAACCAGAAGUGCCCACUGUCAGAAGUGGUGGAGCGAGUGGCCGAGCCAAUCGUGUCAUCCCAACCCCAGCUCAGCCAGCACCAGUGCUUACGAGAGAGAGAGAAGGUGCUGAUGGAGCAACAGGAGGAGAACAGAGCAGUCUUCUGAAGAGAAUGCAGAGGGAUCCCAGCUGGAGUCUAGAGUCAGUAGAUAGAAGCCAGGAAGAUCUAAAUUGGUCACCUCUUGUGCACCACAAACCACCUCGCUAUGCAUCAGCUGCAGCUAUGAGUAGCAUAAGCAGCCUCAGUAGCAUGAGCAACAUAAGUAUGGGCAGCAUAAACAACUCUGGUUCCAAUAUGAUGGUCAACAAGCGUCCAAGCAAGCCUACGAGUAGCCGGCUGAAUGGAGAUUGGCCUCUGCCUCCCUUGCGAACGCGACCAGUUAGCAUGGUGACACUGGAACAUGCAAGACGCAUUUCCCGUUCACUCUCCUUUGUUCUGGGCGAACCUGAUGAAGACAGUCAGAUGGAAGAGAAAUCCUCUACACGCAAGGGAGUCUCUCAUACACUGCCUCCUCUUUCUCCUGACAUGCCUCCUCUUCUCACCAGAACUGUCACUUCACCUCACUUCUCUGGGUGCCCUUCUCAAGCUUCUACAUGAGAGUGUGGGAAGUGGAGGAGGAUGCAAGUUUACAGAACUUGUGAUGAAGUGUAACUGGAAAGUUAUUCGCAUUCUACCAACACAGGACCCUUGGCUUCCAUCCAAGUACCAGACACAGCCAACUUCAACAUGAAUGAGCUUGUAGCUCAAUUCAAGUCUAUUGCUGCCCGUGCCGGCUUUGACAACACCUAUAUUGAUACUGCAGUGAGAGACAUAUGCAGCGCUGAAAAUAAGGGCUCAGGUGAACGACUUGACAUCUCAGAAUAUAUCAAGACAUUGUCAUCUGACUAUGGAAUAGAACAGAACAAGGAACAGUUCAGUUCUCAUGAUCAGUGAGCAGUUGGUGUCUUUUAGUUCUAGCACAAAAAUAGGGAAAGAAAAAGGAACUGUUGGAAAAUGACGACUUUUGAUUACCUUCCACCUUUUUUAAAAAUUUUAUACCAUCUCUGAAACAGCUUACACUUUAAUUCUUGUUAUGAAGUGGUUUAGAAAGAUUUGCUGAACCCCGAUGAGUGACUGUGACGCUGUUAGGUUAAGGCCCAGUAAAUCUAUUGACAGGAUAAGGAUUCUUACAUGAACAAUUGCGAGAGAUGAAGUAUAACACCUUUUUACUGUGUAUUUUCUUUUAAAAUGAGGAUUGUAUCACUUCUUAAUUCAUGGUGCAUAUAUUACAAAAGUUAUCUGCAGACACUCAAAUGCAUGUAGUUUAAUUCCUUAGGACUGCAUGUUCAUUCCAUCUCGUACUUGUUCAUGCUAUGUUCAAGGUAUUUAUGGCUAGCUGUUAUAAGACAUGGAAAUUAGCAAACCAAUUUUUUUUCUUGUGUAACUAAGUUUUGAGGUAAAAGAGAAUCCACAGAGAUGGUUUAUUCUCCCAAAGAAUCUUUAUACAUACACAUACAGUAUAUCUGUGGCUGCUUUAGUUGGUAAUCUGAUCUAGGAACCCAGUGAUUAAUUAUAUUCUUAUUGUUAGGUUGGUUAAAAAACUAUAUAUAUAUGAUUAUAUCUUCCA